AUGGCGAGCGUCAACUACGUGCUUUACGAAGCCCCUAUGGGCUAUGGUGUCUUCCAGGUCGAGCACCAGGCUGACAGCAUUGGUCUUCGCUCCAAGGAGACCCAGGAGGCCAUCAACGACCUGUCGCGCUUCGGCAAGAUGAUCAAGCUCCUCAACUUCACCCCCUUCCACACUGGUAAGGAAGCGCUCAGCGAGAUCAACAUGAUCUCUGAGGGUGUCAUGUCCGACAACCUCAAGUCGAUCCUCGAGCUCAACCUCCCCAAGACCAGCGGCAAGAAGAGCAAGGUCGUCCUGGCCGUCGCCGAGAAGAACCUCGCCAGCAGCAUCAAGUCUUCUUUCACUGGUGUCGAUUGCGAGACGGGCGAGACCUCUGAGGUCGCCGCCGACUUCCUCCGUGGUGUCCGCCUCCACGCCGAUAAGCUCCUGAAGGGCCUGCAGACCGGUGAGACAGCACAGGCUGGUCUUGGUCUCGGCCACGCCUACUCCCGUAGCAAGGUUAAGUUCAACACCACCAAGAACGACAACCACAUCAUCCAGGCCAGCGCCACCAUCGACUUCCAGGACAAGGGCGUCAACCAGUUCUUCAUGCGUGUGCGCGAAUGGUACGGCUGGCACUUCCCCGAGCUCAUCAAGAUCGUCUCCGACAACCUGACCUACGCCCGCCUGGUCAUUGCCAUUGGCGACAAGAGCACCCUCACCAACGAUAGGCUGCACGACAUCGCCGCUCUCGUCGAGGAGGAUGGCGAGAAGGCCCAGGCAAUCAUUGAUGCUGCCAAGGUUUCCAUGGGUCUCCAGAUCACCGCCCAGGAUCUCGAGAUUGUCAAGGGCUUCGCCCAGGCCGUCGUUCAGCAGGCCGAGGCGAGGCGUUCCACCUCCAGCUACCUCGAGAAGAAGAUGGGUAUCGUCGCCCCCAACCUGCAGUGCCUCAUUGGCACUCCCGUCGCCGCCCGCCUCAUCUCUCACGCCGGCUCCCUCACCAGCUUGUCCAAGUACCCUGCCUCUACCCUCCAGAUUCUCGGUGCCGAGAAGGCCCUCUUCCGUGCCCUCAAGACCAAGAGCAACACCCCCAAGUACGGUCUCAUCUACCACAGCAGCUUCAUCGGCAAGGCCGGUGUCCGCAACAAGGGCCGCAUCUCCAGGUAUCUCGCCAACAAGUGCUCCAUCGCGAGCCGUAUCGACAACUUCUCCGAGGAGCCUUCAGUCAAGUUCGGCCAGGUCCUGCGCCAGCAGGUCGAGGACCGUCUGGAGUUCUACGCCUCCGGCAAGAAGCCUGCCAAGAACGCCGAUGUCAUGGCCUCUGUCCUGGACAUUGUUGAGGGCGACGACAUGCAGCUCGAUGAGUCCAUGAUGGCCGCUCCCGUGGCUGACGAGGUCGAGAAGGACAAGAAGAAGUCUAAGAAGGAGAAGAAGGACAAGUCUGACAAGAAGGAGAAGAAGCGCAAGCGCGAGUCCGAGGUCGGUGCCGCUGAGCCCGCGCCGGUCGAGGACGGCGAGAAGAAGAAGAAGAAGAAGAAAUCCAAGCACGAUGAUUAG